GUUCGCUUCCUCCUGUAGCGACGCGUGUCGGGGGCCGGGGCCAUGGCGGGGGGCGGCCUGUGACAGACACUCGAAACACUGCUGCUGUUGGGAGGGGGAGCGCCAUGGCCGGGCGGCGGGGCGCGGGCGGGGCGGCUCCCUUGACGGAGGCGCCGGGCUGCGGGCCCGCGGCGGAGCCGGCCCGGGAGCUGUUCGAGGCCUGCAGGAACGGGGACGUGGAGCGGGUUAAGCGGCUGGUGCGGCCCGAGAACGUGAACGGCAGGGACACGGCGGGCAGGAAGUCCAGCCCCCUGCACUUCGCCGCAGGUUUUGGUCGGAAGGAUGUAGUUGAAUAUUUGCUUCAGAGUGGUGCCAAUGUCCAUGCACGAGAUGAUGGUGGCCUCAUUCCUCUUCAUAAUGCCUGCUCUUUCGGUCACGCUGAAGUUGUCAAUCUUCUUUUGCGUCAUGGUGCAGAUCCUAAUGCUCGGGAUAAUUGGAACUAUACUCCUCUUCAUGAAGCUGCCAUUAAGGGCAAGAUUGAUGUCUGCAUAGUACUGCUGCAGCAUGGUGCUGAACCAGCCAUCCGUAAUACAGAUGGAAGGACAGCUUUGGAUUUAGCAGACCCAUCUGCCAAAGCAGUGCUGACUGGUGAAUACAAGAAGGAUGAACUCUUAGAAAGUGCCAGGGGUGGUAAUGAAGAAAAGAUGAUGGCGCUUCUUACACCAUUAAAUGUCAAUUGUCAUGCAAGUGAUGGCAGAAAGUCAACUCCAUUACACUUAGCAGCUGGGUAUAACCGGGUUAAGAUUGUGCAGCUGUUACUGCAGCAUGGAGCUGAUGUACACGCCAAGGAUAAAGGAGAUUUGGUGCCGCUUCACAAUGCCUGUUCCUAUGGUCAUUAUGAAGUAACAGAACUUCUAGUAAAGCAUGGAGCAUGUGUGAAUGCUAUGGAUCUGUGGCAGUUCACUCCUCUGCAUGAAGCAGCUUCUAAGAACAGGGUGGAAGUGUGUUCUCUCUUGUUAAGUUAUGGUGCUGAUCCAACACUGUUGAACUGUCACAAUAAAAGCACCAUUGAUUUAGCCCCAACACCUCAAUUAAAAGAACGAUUGGCAUAUGAAUUCAAAGGUCACUCCUUGCUACAGGCGGCACGAGAAUCAGAUGUAGCUCGCAUCAAAAAAUAUCUUUCUUUGGAAACAGUGAAUUUCAAGCAUCCUCAAACUCAUGAAACAGCAUUGCACUGUGCUGCUGCAUCUCUGUAUCCCAAGAGAAAGCAAGUCUGUGAAUUACUUCUGAGAAAAGGAGCCAACAUCAAUGAAAAGACAAAAGACUUCUUGACACCUCUCCAUGUGGCAUCAGAAAAAGCUCAUAAUGAUGUUGUUGAAGUUGUUGUGAAGCAUGAAGCUAAGGUUAAUGCAUUGGACAAUCUUGGUCAGACUUCUCUGCAUAGAGCUGCACAUUGUGGCCAUCUGCAGACAUGCAGAUUGUUGUUGAGCUCUGGAUGUGAUCCCUCAAUUGUGUCACUGCAGGGUUUCACAGCUUUACAAAUGGGGAAUGAAAGUGUACAACAAUUACUACAAGAAGGCAUCCCAUUAAGUAAUUCAGAUGCAGAUCGACAGUUGCUGGAAGCUGCAAAGGCAGGAGAUGUGGAUACCGUAAAAAAGUUAUGUACAAUUCAGAGUGUGAACUGCAGAGAUAUUGAAGGGCGUCAGUCCACACCACUUCACUUUGCUGCAGGAUAUAACAGAGUGUCUGUGGUUGAGUAUCUUCUUCAGCAUGGAGCUGAUGUUCAUGCAAAAGAUAAAGGAGGUCUUGUCCCUUUGCACAAUGCUUGUUCCUAUGGUCACUAUGAAGUAGCAGAACUGCUUGUUAAACACGGUGCGGUUGUAAAUGUAGCUGAUUUGUGGAAAUUCACUCCCUUACAUGAAGCUGCAGCAAAAGGAAAAUACGAGAUCUGCAAACUUCUAUUGCAGCAUGGUGCUGACUCCACAAAGAAGAACAGAGAUGGAAAUACUGCUUUGGAUCUAGUUAAAGAUGGUGAUACUGAUAUUCAAGACCUACUUAGAGGAGAUGCAGCUUUGCUAGAUGCUGCCAAGAAGGGUUGUUUGGCCCGAGUAAAGAAGCUUUGUUCACCUGACAAUGUAAAUUGUCGUGACACACAAGGAAGACAUUCAACGCCACUACAUUUAGCAGCUGGUUACAACAAUUUGGAGGUUGCAGAGUACCUGUUACAGCAUGGAGCUGAUGUGAAUGCACAGGAUAAAGGAGGGUUGAUUCCUCUACAUAAUGCAGCAUCUUAUGGGCACGUAGAUGUAGCAGCUUUACUUAUAAAGUAUAAUGCGUGUGUGAAUGCUACGGACAAAUGGGCUUUCACACCUUUGCAUGAAGCAGCCCAGAAAGGAAGGACACAGCUUUGUGCCUUGUUAUUGGCACAUGGAGCUGAUCCUACUCUGAAAAAUCAGGAAGGACAAACACCAUUAGACCUGGUCACCGCAGAUGAUGUUAACACGCUGUUGACAGCUGCUAUGCCUCCUUCUGCGUUGCCAUCUUGUUACAAACCUCAGGUUAUAAAUGUAUCUCAAACCACCGGAUCUACUGCUGAUUGCCUGUCUUCCGUUCCAUCCAGCCCAUCCAGUCUGUCUGCUGCCAGUAGCCUUGACAACUUAUCUGGUAGCUUUUCUGAACUCCCUUCAGUUGUUGGUACAAACAGUGCAGAGGGAGCAACUGUUCUAGAGAAAAAGGAAGUUCCAGGUGUAGAUUUUAGCAUAAAUCAGUUUGUGAGGAAUCUUGGACUUGAACAUCUGAUUGACGUAUUUGAGAGAGAGCAAAUAACACUGGAUGUAUUGGUUGAAAUGGGCCACAAAGAGUUAAAGGAAAUUGGUAUCAAUGCGUAUGGACAUAGGCAUAAAAUCAUUAAAGGAGUUGAGAGAUUGAUCUCUGGACAGCAAGGUCUUAACCCAUACCUGACUUUGAAUACUUCUGGUAGUGGAACAAUUCUCAUAGAUCUCUCUCCUGAUGAUAAGGAAUUUCAGUCAGUGGAAGAGGAGAUGCAGAGUACAGUCCGAGAGCACAGAGAUGGUGGGCAUGCUGGUGGAGUGUUCAACAAAUACAAUUUUCUGAAGAUUCAAAAAGUGUGUAACAAAAAACUCUGGGAAAGAUACACUCACAGGAGGAAAGAAGUUUCUGAAGAAAACCAUAACCAUGCAAAUGAAAGGAUGCUGUUUCAUGGUUCCCCAUUUGUGAAUGCAAUCAUUCAUAAAGGUUUUGAUGAGAGACAUGCAUACAUAGGUGGAAUGUUUGGAGCUGGGAUAUAUUUUGCUGAAAACUCUUCCAAAAGCAAUCAGUAUGUAUAUGGAAUUGGAGGUGGCACUGGAUGCCCAGUUCACAAAGAUAGAUCUUGUUAUGCUUGCCACAGGCAGUUGCUGUUUUGCCGUGUAACAUUGGGCAAGUCUUUCCUGCAGUUUAGUGCAAUGAAAAUGGCUCAUUCUCCUCCAGGACAUCAUUCAGUUACUGGUCGACCUAGUGUAAAUGGACUAGCUUUAGCAGAAUACGUCAUUUACAGAGGAGAACAGGUAGUGGGUUUUUUUUCUUGUCAAAAUAUACUUAAUUUUAAGAAGCCCAAAUGCCAUUUUUCACGGGUAUGCCGUUGACACUGAGCCUCUUUUCUGGAUUUAUUGGGCUUUCUUUUUCAGUGCAUAUAAAUAAAACCUAAGCUUUUAAAGUUGAGAACCAGAGGUCCUUAUUUACUGAAAACUUCUGGCAGAUAUUUUGCUCUCCUUUCUUCCUGACAUAAAUGUUGCACCUUUUCCUCAGAUGGCAAGAAAUCCUGUAAAAUGUGUGUUCUGAAUUUGCUGAGAAAAUUAACCUUACUGAAUCAUUUUCCUUUCAGGCUUAUCCAGAAUAUUUGAUUACUUACCAGAUUAUGAAACCUGAAGCCACCAUGGAAGCUUGAGGCAAAUUGCUUUUGGAAAUCAACAGAUCUGAACAUGAAGAUACCAAUAUCUAACAUCUUCUAAAUUACACUGAAUUGAUGAAAAAUUUUUAUCCACAGGCAUUGUGGUAGAAAAUGUGAAAAAAAUUAACAUUUUGACUUGAUAAAGCUUUAAUAAUGUACAGUGUGUUUUCUAAAAUUUCAAAAACUUCCUCUUUUUCAGCACUUUAACAGUUACCAUUCCAGGUAAACUGGGUUUGUCUGUAUUAAAUUAUAAGCAUAAAUUAACUUGAACUAUGCUUUUUAUAUAAUACUACAUUGAAAUUGAGCAGAAACUAUAAUAUUCCACACAGGAAUUCAUUUUACUUAUACUGUGUUCUUUAAAACACUGCAUUUACACUGAAUACAAUUUCAUUUGUAAAACUGUAAAUAAGAGCUUUUGUACUAGCAUGGUAUUUAUUUACAUUGCUUUGUAAUAUAAGUGUUUUAGAACUGCAACCUUGUACAAAGUAUUUUUUUCCAAAUAUUGCAUUGUUCAUCUAUGUUUCAUCAUACACCGUAAAUAGGAGAAGUCUUUGAUUCUAGGGUUUGUCUGUUGGGAGGGGGGAGAAUAUAAAUUUGAUUUUAAUUAACCAUUUUAGAAUUAUACAAUGCUUCAACAGUUAUUCAAAAGAUACUCCUGUGGUUUUAUUUACGAAAUAUGCAUUCCAGAGAAUCAUGGCCUAUGAAAGUAGGACACUCCAUUUGAUUACUGAAGUAUUUUCCCACCUGUUUACCAGUAUUUCACAUUUCAUGAUCAUUAAAUUGUCUCCUAGAAUUUGUAUUGGACUAGAUCUUAGUUAAUCAGUAGUCUUAUUUCAAGGCUAUUAGAUCCUGUGAAUUAUGGCUAAUAAAUGAUUUUCCUUGAAUGUAGGUGGAAACUUUACUUCAAGGAGGUCUUUCUAGAUAAGUCCCUAAUACUUUAAAUUAACACAAGGAAGCUGAAUACAUAAUGUCUAGUGAGAAUGAAUAAAUUGAUUUAUUUUCUGGCACAUCAUGGUUAGCCUGUAUAACUUGUGGGUGCACACACAAUAUAAACUUUAUGGGGUGGAUGGACAUCUUUAGACCAUCCCUGUCUUUCUGUUUAUGCUUCCUCCUUGUUUAUGCUCAGGCUGGUAGCUUCAGCAGUAAUAGAAGCUUGCUGCUGCAGUGCUUUGUGCUGAGUGAAAUAGAUAGGAUUGUAGGAUCCUAGUUUCUUGCAUUCAGCUUGAUGGAUAAAACACUUGUGCAUGAGUAGAAAGAGCUACUCUUCUACGCAGCUAUUGGCUACAGUUAUCACAUGACUAUCUCUUGGGGGAGAAGGGAGCAAAGGAGAUAAACCACCUGAUCAAGGCAUAUUACAGAUAAAUGAAUGCACUGCUCUCUUGUUCACCCCAUCAUAGUUUAUCUGCAUUCUCUAUUUUUACUACAUCUGCAAUUUUUACCUACAUAUUUAAAAAUAUGUAAAUAAAAUGCAGACAAUUAUAGUUGAUACCAUGGGCUGAAUUUUAAACUGAAUAAGAGCAUAUUUUAAUUGGUUAUAUUUCUACAUCUAGGACUCUGUCCCAUAAGUUAAUUUGUUUGCAGGUCAUAUAACCUUAACAUGGUUUUAAAUGUAAUAAUUAGUCAAGACUACUAAAUUGUCUUGCUGAUAUGGUGAUAAUGUAAUUAUUCUGUCCAUGAGUAAGUGUACUGAAAAGUACAAAAUUAUGUGAAGAAUCUGAGUAAUAAAUAAGAUCAUGAAAUCUAACUCUCGCAGAAAGCAAUAUUGACAGUGAAUAAAAGGUGCUUUAAUUUAAGGUAUUUUUUCCCAGGAUGUUGCCCACUUCUUGGUUUAGUGUAAUGCUGGAGCUGGUGGUCAUGCAAAAUCUGUUAAAUGAUUAAAAUGUUGAUAUUUUAGUUUCAUUGCUAAAAUAUUUCAUUAUGAAUGAUUACUUCAUGUCUUGUAAAAUAUUGGGGUAAGAUAGCAUUCAAGUGGCACCACAAUGUUGUUUUUGUCUGUUUUAGUUUUUGCAUGAUAUACCUUGCAUUCUGAUGGUGGAAAUUGUAAUGGUUUGAUAGUCUUGACUUUUGAGGUGAAACUUUUAUCUCUUGUGCAAUUAGGUCUGCUUUACUCAUCUUGAAGUGUCUUACGUGUACUGUACCACAUUCCAUACCCAUUUAACACUAAAUAAAUUUAAAUUCACUGGUUUUCUGGUAGCAUGAUAGUAAUUACAGGCAUAAUGUAAGUAAAUCAAUCAACCUUUCUGAGUACAAGAAUUCAUAUUACAAUAAACUGAUUACAGUAGAAUAUAAUGUAGUUCUGAAUAUGGAAAAGUUCUUAACAGAGAUUAAAAGAGUGGAGUAUUGGAGUAAUUUGCAGCUUGGUAUUGA